GCUCUUGAUUUUUUCCGUCUUCACCCUUUUGUACAGCCACUGGUUUCUCAAAACCCAAUACAAGAACACGCCGCACCAUGUUAUAGUGCCUGAAAAGCAAUGGGGGGAGGCGGUCAGCAGCCUGGGAAUCAUCCUAAGCUUCUUUCACUUGGCGCUCGCCAUUGCAGCUCACGCCGCCUUCAGUCGCCGGAAGAGGGCCCAAGAUCAGGAGUGAGAGGCCGAGGAUGGCAACGAACAAGGAGAGGGAAGGCUGAGGACGCGAGGGAGAGGGAGAGAGGAGCAGGGGUCGAGGAUGGCGCCGAGUGAUGGGAGUGGAGGGAGGAGGAUUGGACUGGACUGGACCUUUCUACAUUCUUUGUGAAGCCGAGA